UGGAUAACCAGCUUCGUCCUACUUAGUUACAGAUCAAUACAAUCAGCCCUUACAUGACGGUCCAAAGUGUCGUCUGGGCACCCCGUGGUCGCGUUUCUUUUCUUUGUCUGCCGCGUCCCUGCAUCCGUUGGCGCAAUUCGUUUGUCGUCCGCCUAUACUUUGUGGGUCAUCACAUCCAGCUCACUAUUACCUCAGCUAGUUUGCCAAACCCAUCCAUUCACAUCCACUGGAAAGUGUGGUUUACUACCAUAUGUAUUGAAUUUCUCGGAAUUAUCUACUGCCUUUUCCUUAAUCGUCCCCUAGACCCACUGCGGAACUCGCGCCUUGACACUUCCUGGCUCCUGCCGCUUGAAGCUCCUGCCACUUCCUCCCCAGCCUACUCCUACUAUAACACACUGCUACGAGCCUACGACACACGAUUCGACAUGCAUUCCGCCAGCACUUACAGCCCGGUACCAUCGUGCUUAUCUACGCGGUCGACUAUUCGAAUUAUGGGUGUAGGGAAGUGUAACGAUUUCCUCACAUCGGGGAAUAUAAGACUACCAUGCCCCUGUGAACGAGGCAUCUAUCCUGUUUAUCUUGACAAGUCCAAGCAAGUCAGCCAAAGUGAUCCAUGCAAAGAAUGCAGCCAUACACUUGCGAUGCAUGACGAUUACGAACAUCCAUCUGAAGGCUCGCUGUCCGUCAGUGAUACAGAGGAGCAACAGCUUGUUGAGACCAAUGGAGAAUUCGAAGGUUACAAUCUGCCUGUACUGCUCUCAUAUCCUAGCUAACAGUGUGUCACGGUCAUAGUCCUGUCUUUGCCGCCGGAAUAUUGUCCUCGAGAGAACACGGUUUCGGUUCUUGCGGACCUUAUCAGAGCCAAUUUA